GCUUGUGCUCUCUGCUGUGUGGGUGCUUGUGUUGCUCUGGACAUAUUUUGUUUAACGUCUAGGGGAUAGAUGUGGUGUUAGGAUUACCAGAGUAAUACGGAGUGACGAAGAGCGAUCGCCACGGCAUCAUCAUUGAUCUUACAACCUCCAUGUUUGUGACUUGGAAUUACUGGCUGGGAACUUCGGAGUUUCUGGGGUGUUUAAACAGUAUUACUUGCUCACUCAGCAGGGAAUUAUAUAAUAAAGUAAGGGCUGGCUUUCAGUGGAAACCAAAUGACAAUAGACGAGUGGAACUGUUGCAUAAAGCGUCACUACUCUUGGAUACUGGGCUAGUAGUGGCAUGGUGUGUUCUGUGCAUCAGUGAUCAUGACAGGAAGGAAACCUCUGUUUCGCUAUGUUUCCUGGGAGGAUUCAAUCCCGGGGACACCCCUAAGCAGAGGUCCAAAACCCGACGUACGUUUCCUUGCACUUUUAGAAGCGCUGAAGACAAGAUACGUUCAAGGAGUUCGAGACCAGUUACUGCAGGGUCUCCCUGUCAAUUACCGCGAACCGGCACUUGGUAACAAGACUCCGCUCAUAUGUGCCUCUGAAUAUGGGUUUGUGGAAGCCGUGGCGGAGCUAUUAGGUGCAGGAGCUAACGUGAGUAUAGCGGAUGCAACUGGGGCCACACCUCUACACAUGGCUGCUGGUGGUGGUCACUUCUCCACAGUGAGACUUCUCUUGUCUCGUGGUGCCCAUGUAGAUCCUCUCGACACACACGCCAGCACUCCUCUCCACUACGCUGCGCGAGGCGACAAACAGGACCCCGGCAGCAGCAAUAUGGUGGGAGUGGUGGAGUUGCUACUCAGCGCGGGAGCCCGUUGUGGUCUGAGGGAUGGAGAGGGUCGCCUGCCCCUUCACAACGCCGCCCAUGCAGGGAGUGCCAAGCUUAUCCGAGUCCUUGCAGCUGGUGCAUACAAAGCAACAGUCAAUCUGAAGGACAAUGAAGGCCGGACGCCUCUUCACUGCGCAGUACUCGGGGCGAGGUCUCUUGACGCCGUUGCGGCCAUGAUAGAACUCGGAUCUAAUAUAGAUUCCCGAGAUGCCCAGGGUCACACAUCUCUCCAUUUGGCAGCAAAAAGACAAGUUAACUACGUGGAUGACGAGUUUGACGGAACAUGUUUGGAGCUUUUGCUGUCACACGGGGCUUCAGUGGCUGCCAAAAAUGACGAAGGCUACAAUGGUCUCACUCUGGCCUUGAGGCGUACUAUGUGGUUUGGUCGUCCGGGAGCCAGAGACCACAUCUUGCAUGCUGUUCAGCAGCUGGUAGCUAAAGGCAGCUGUGUACAGGAUGGAUUUGCUAUGUGGAGGAUGGUUGAAAGCUUUCCCUCUCUCGUGCCAGUAGCUCUUAACAGGUCAGUGUGUGCCAAUACGUCUGCUCGCGACUCUCCUCAUCUUCGUCUUGACUUUGACUUCGGGCCCCUUUCUGUAAAUGCUCAGCAACUCAGAGAAAUUCAACGCCAGUCCCCAUUAAACCCUCAGUCAGAGCUGCCGUCACCGCUGCUUGGAGACUCAGAAGUAGCCAUGCUUCAUUACAUUCUCUGGGCUGGAAGGAAACGACUCCUCCUCCACCCUCUCUGUAAGGCCUACCUUCAUCUUAAAUGGUCGAAAAUUCGCAAAUACUUUCUGGCUAAUGUCAUUUUCUACUUUCUUUUUGUUCUAAGUCUCACGGCCUUCCUGCUGUCAUCCAGCAACUGCCCAGAGCAUACCAAUGAUGCCAGCAACACAUCUGCACAGAUCACAAACCUCACGACGGAUGCUAACAGCAAAGCAACAGCAGUAUGUCGGUGGACGGCCCUGGAGGCGGGUGUAGUGGGCUUAACCUGGUGGUGUUUGGUUAUCUUCUCUGCCUUACUAGAUCUUCGAGAAGUUAUCCAGGUAACACAAAACCCCUUCAUUUACAUUUAUAACCUUGGGAACCUCUUGGAUGCUGCUCUAGUACUGUGUGUCCCACAGCUGCUGGUAGGACGUUCAGCAUAUGAAAUGGAAACCAAUGGGGAACUGGCAGUGUGUUGCCUAGCAUUGUGGCAGCAGCAGGUUGGUGCUAUAGCUAUAAUCUUAGCCUGGGUGCGGCUCAUGCUUUUUACUGGCCAGUUCCCCAGCUGUGGGGUCUACAUCGUCAUGUUCUCCACUGUGGCUAAGAACGUGCUAAAGUUUAUGGCUAUGUAUGUGUUCGUGUUGGUGGCCUUCGCAUUGGGUUUCUACGUGCUCCUGCGUUCCCUGCCCACCUUUAGGACUCCAGCCACUGCACUCAUCACCUCUCUAGUAAUGAUGACCGGGGAACUAAACUACGAGUCAACUUUGGCAGAACCAUCAGGGUCAUCAGUUUUGUGCAUCUUCAUUUUGGUGGUUUUUAUUGUGCUGGUGUAUAUUAUCCUCUCCAACCUCCUUGUGGGUCUUGCUGUCAGUGACAUGUAUGCCAUACAACAGAGGUCAGAGGUUCUACAAUUAACACAACAUGUGGAGCUAAUGAUUCAAGUGGAAGCCUUGUUCAAGAAUCGUCUUAUUCCUCAGAAAAUGCAACAGUGUCUCCUCAGUAGUAUUGGCAUCAUGGGAUCUCAGGAGAAGCCAAUUGUCUCCGUAUACCCAAAUCUCACACGGGGUUUCAGUGAUACAGUAUUCCUAUUCUUCUCUAGGGUGAUUGGAACACGAAGGCUAAUGAUCAAACUCUUUGAAAUAUUCAUAUCUGGGUUCAUCCCUCCUGAACAUGAAGUUUCACUUCCCUCACAGCUCAUGAGAGAGGCUCUUGAUGUAGCUCUGCGAGAACACGAACUGGAUAAGCGUGAACGCCUGCUGCAUCUUCGUGCUUUGCAAAUUGGAGCCAGUGGACAUCACAAACAAGGGCAGUUAGGGCAGCCUUCACAAGCUCAGCUACCCAUUAGUCAGACCACACUCACCAGGGGACCUUCAUACAUAAGACCAGCAACCAAAGGUGCUAGAUCCUCAUGGCGCUGGACUUUUAUGAGUGAUACAGAUGGUGAAGAUGACAGUGUGAACAUGUUGCCAACAGCAGUACUGGGUCAACCUUCUAUCUGGUCAUCUCAUCCUGUGGCAACACAACGAACUGUUAUUCCAGAUCCAAAUGCACGAUUGGAAGAAUUGAGAAAUAUUCUUAUUCAUCUGGAGGAUAAAGUUGAAAAAAUUUCUGUAGUCAUACAACAGCGAGACACAGACUGUCCACCAUCCUCACAAACUAUCCAUAGAGCUGAUACUGAAGUCGCUGUCUAACAGGAAGGUUAUUGCAUCAUUUAAUAUUGCAGCAUCUUCUAAUUGUCAUCUCGAAUAUUAACUAUUUAAUGUGAAUCAAUUCUAUAAAUAUUUUAUCCUUGCAAGUAUUACACUCAAUAAAAUACAGUCUAUGAGUUCUA